GUCAAUCUAAUUGAAAAUUAACAGAAGAAGAAAACAUUUGCAAAAAUAUAUAUAAAGAUAGACGCCAGAAAUUGAUGGCAGCUGUGUGUGAGUGUGUGUGAUCAACAAAACCACUACCCAAACCAUAAACCUCCCAACUUCCCCCACAUAAAAAACAACAAAACCACUUUCUUCUCCUCCUCUUGUUCUUUGUUUCAUUCUUCUUCCUUCAACAAUCAUACACACACAACCAGUCAACCCUAAUAAUAGUAUUCAAUGGAUGGUCUGAUUCCAAUGGCGUUUAAGGCUAUGAUGAAAAAACGAACUCGGCGGCGUUACGAAUGCCUCUCUACCUCUGGUGGCACUACAAAAGAGUCCUACGUUGACGAAGACUUCUUCCCCUACGACGAAAAAUCCAAUCACUCCGUCGCAUCUCGACCGUCGUCGUCUUUAGAUCAUGUAGAAAUGAACAACGUAGCCGCUCAAGACCGUCACCGCCGUGGAUUGUCAGUCGGAGAUUUUUCUUCCAUGUCUUAUCAUGAAGGGAGAAGGUCACGUGGCGAAGGCGGAGAUAUAGGUGUUUCUCCGUCGCGGCGAGGACAGCUUGUGAGGAACAGAAGUCAUAGGUUGUUUUCUUGUGUCUCAGGUAAAUGAUUUAUCGAAACACAUAUUGUAACACUUCAACUCAAUAAACCAGCUGCUUUAUUUCCUUUUUAUGUCAGAUCUUGUUUUGUCUUUUGAUAUUUUUUCCUCCAAAAGAUCUGUACUUGUCGGCUGAUAUUGUUCUUCAUGUGAUAAUUUCCGA